UCCCGGAAGCCAAUUCUGUCUAGCCCUGCCCCCCUCGCCCUCCUAUUGGCUGGCAGUUACCCAGGAGGAGCGAGCGAUCGCUCCUGCGAUGCAUGGGAGUGGGCACACUAGUAGUGGACACUCAACAUCGGAACGACACGGUUAACGGAUGUACCCUUGAGAUUUACUCAUUUUAACCACAAUUUUUAUCGUAUUUUGCACUUUUUAAAAUCAUUCGGAUGGCGGCAUUCGAGCCUGGGGGCCAAGUAUCUUUUUGUGACCCAUGAAUGAAUGAGCGGGUGGAUGCAGUGAGGGGAGCAGGUAGACGAGCCUAAAAAAUAUCGCUUUUUGACUUUAGGCCACGUCAAACAGACAUAGACAUUGGCAGAGGUGUGUCACCGCGCAAGCCGGAGAUCAUGGCCGCCGGGAUGCACUCACCGGGAGGGCCCAAUGGGAUCAUCCGCAGUCAGUCCUUCGCCGGCUUCAGCACCUUACAGGAGCGUCGCUCGCGGUGUAACUCGUUCAUGGGCAACUCGGUAGCGCAGAAGAAGCCGGUGUCCAAGCCCAAAAAGCCUCAACUGUCCGGCCACAAGGGGAGCGGCGGCGGCAGCGCCGGCUCCAGAGAGCCUCAGCCCGGAAGACUGGAGGAGAUCUACACCGCACUCAAACAAGGCCUAGACGAAUAUCUGGAAGUGCACCAGGCCGAGUUGGACAAGCUGACCAUGCUCAUGAAGGACAUGAAGAGGAACUCUCGUCUGGGCGUUCUCUACGAUCUGGAUAAGCAAAUCAAAGCCAUCGAGAGGUACAUGAGACGGCUGGAGUUUCACAUCAGCAAGGUGGACGAGUUGUACGAGGCCUUCUGCAUUCAGAGUCGGCUGCGGGAAGGAGCCAGCCGCAUGAAGCGGGCCUUCACCUGCUCGCCCUCCACCAAGGCCACCAAGGAGAGCAUCGCCGAAGUCAACCGCCGCUACAAAGAAUACACAGAGAACAUGAGUGCGUUUGAGGGCGAUCUGGAGAACCUGCUUGGGGAAUUUCACAUCAAGAUGAAAGGUUUGGCAGGCUUUGCCCGUCUCUGUCCGGGAGACCAGUACGAGAUCUUCAUGCGUUACGGUCGGCAGCGAUGGAAACUGAAGGGGAGGAUCGAGGUCAACUCCCGCCAGAGUUGGGACAGCGAUCAGAUGAUCUUCGUGCCACUCAUUAGCGAGCUGAUUAACAUCAAGGUGACGGAGCUGAAGGGUCUGGCCACCCACCUGCUGGUGGGUAGCGUCAUCUGCGAGACCAAGGAGCUGUUCACCGCCAUGCCGCAGGUGGUGGCCGUGGACAUCAACGACCUGGCCACCAUCAAACUCAACCUGGAGGUCACCUGGUCGCCCUUCGACGUGGAGGACCUGACACUGUCGUCGGGCAACGUGAGCAAGGCGGCAGCGCUGCAGAGACGGGUGUCCAUCUACAGCCAGGGCACCCCGGACACGCCCACCUUCCAGGACGCCUCCUUCUUUUCGACUCUCCCGGACGACGUGUUUGAAAAUGGCAAGCGUCUGUCCUUCGCCUUCUCGGACGCGUCCAGCCCCAGCCCGGCCCCCAGCUCCCACUCGCCGGCACUGUCCAAUCCGGAGAUCACUGUCACGCCGCCCGACACGGACGUGUGCGCCUCACCCUCCAGGCUGCGGGACGGCUCCAUUGCCGAGGAGGACGAGGAUGAUCAGGGAGACGGUGGCAGCGGCGAGGAGAUGGGCAGCGGGACGAGUGGCAGCCUGGAGGACUGUGAGUGGGAAUGCACCGAGUCUCAGCGCAUCGUACGCCCGCCCACCGUGGCGCCAGAGGACGUCUUCCUGGACCACGCUGAGCACCUCAAGCCUGUCCAGCUAGAACAAGAGGACGAGGACGGCGGCAGCAACCUAACACGGCAGCUGGUUAAGCGUCUGACGUCAGAGGCGGACGGGGGUGGCGCGGAGGCAGACCAAGGGCUGCUGGCGGAGGGCGGCCUGGAGGACGCCAUCCACGGGCUGCUGCUGACGCUGGAGGCGCUGACGCACCGAUGCCGAGAGCUGCAGGACCUGGAGCAGAUGGUUAUGCGGCUGGAGGACCUCUUAAAGUGCCGCCUGUCGGGCCACAGGAGACGCUCGUCCAAUCUCAGCCUGACGGUGGAGAGCGCACUGGAGAGCUUUGACUUCCUCAACACGUCCGAUUUUGACGAUGACGACACGGUUGCCGUUGUCCUCGCCAUGCCGCCGACGUUUGACAUUGACGCUGGCCCAAUCGGGGAGCAGCAGCAGGCGGAGGCACGAGGCCACUUGAGCGAGGCGCUGACGGAGGACACGGGGGUGGGGAACAGCGUGGCCGGUAGCCCCCUGCCGCUUACCACCACCAACGACAGCCUGGACACCGCCCUCGCCACACACCUGCGCUACUGCCGACAACUUGUCCAGGUGUUGAGCAACAGCGUGAGCCCGUGGCGCCGUCGCGGCGUCCUCAUCAAGAUGGCGUCUCAAACGGCCCUCCUGGAGGAGCUGGCCGAGAGCAUCGCGGACCACCCGGGGGCGCUGUCAUCUCUGGCCCAGGUGGUGCUGGGCCUGGCAGAGCACAACGGGGUGCUGGCGCUGUGGGCAGAGUGCAGCGGUUCUUCUGGACUCUUCCACACCACGCUGGAACGAGUGGCCGGUCACAUGACGCGGCGCUACCAGCAAACACUAUCAGAGAAAUACCCGCAAAACUGCCAACCAGUGAUCCAUUUGGUGGCGCGCGAGAUGGUGGACGCAAACGACCUUCCCGAGUCAAACGGCCCGUGGCAGGAGGUCGUGACCGUUUUCCAGUUUCAUGCGUACGUGGUGAAACAUCAAGUUGGCGACAUGGAGACGCACCUGCUGCACUUGGCCGCAGAAGAGUCAUUUGCGGAGCGCCUGGGAGGCGGAGAUAUUUCGGUGCUGGAAGAGGUGCCGGCCUGGGCCCUGUGGCCCCACAGCACCACCCUGAGGACGCUGGCCUCGCUGCUCACCGCCCACGACAUCGUUGUGAACAAGGCGGCAGCCGACUACCUUGCCAACGCAGCCGCCGCGCCGCAUGCCCAUUUUAGAAACAAGGCGCUGGAGUGUUACGCAGAGGCGCUGUCUGAUGCAGGCGUCCACAGCCAGAGAGCGGCGUGCGCUGCGCUCGGUUGCCUACAGGCGGCGGAGAGCGUCCGAGUCGUGGCAGCGCUGUGCAACUCGGCUGACGAGGAGCUGCGCCACGUCGCCAUAGAAACGCUCCUCACCUUCGGCGAGGAGGGCCGUCUAGCCUACGAGCAACUGAACACAGUGCCGGGGGAAAUGAUUGGCUUGGGUGUACGGCGGGAGACCGCCGUCGCCACUGACUUUUAAUGAGACGCCAACGAGGUGUGGUGGAUGGACAAAACUCACAAAGCAAAUGUCUGCACAAUAUGCGCCCGCAGGUAUAUUUGGGGUUCAACUGGAGAGCACCAACGUUCACUGGCUACACCACUCGCUCACGUCUCGCACGCUCACUGCUUACUGUGAAAGCUCGCGUGUCCCCCGAUACCACAAUUUUGCACCUGUAAAUAGUCCGAUGUGUAUAUUUAAGUUUUUCAAGCGUUGCGCGCAGCUUUGGGGUACGUUUGGGGUUUGUUUUUUGUUGGCGUCCCGUGGCCAAAGAAAAGAGGCAGAUGAGUUGAUUUAGUCUUGUUAAACGUGCAGUUUUCCAAGUGCAAUUCUGUACGGAAAUGUGAUUUGAUUGUACGUAUUUAUUUUUUUCCUGCUGUAUAAAGUGCAGAAGACUUGAUGCAUAUGGAUUGCUAGUUCUGUGCUAAAUCAGGUGUUUUACUUUUUACAAAUAUUAAACAAUAUGAUCUCUGUUGAUUUAA